CAUGAGCACGAUGAAAGCUGCUGCGUUCUCUCCUGGCGGAGCGGAAAAUCUCUACACCUCUGAUGUCGCCAUACCAGAGCCAGGAGACUAUGAGGUCCGCAUCAGGGUGUUAGCCUCUGCGAUAAACAGGGCGGACACAUUGCAGAGGAAAGGUCUAUACAACCCUCCUCCAGAUGCUAGCCCUAUCCUGGGACUAGAAGCUGCUGGGAUUGUUGACAAAAUUGGACCAGGAUGUCCAGACAGUGUGCUUGUUGGUCAAAAAGUUAUGGCCCUUUUGGCAGGGGGAGGUAAUGCCGAGUAUGUUACCUGCAGAUAUGAGCAAAUUAUGCCAAUUCCCAAGGGCCUCUCCAUGAUUCAAGCAGCUGCUAUUCCUGAGGUUUGGCUCACUGCCUUUCAGCUGCUUUAUUUUGUUGGUAAACUGAGGAAAGAGGACACGGUGUUGAUUCACGCGGGAGGAAGUGGCGUGGGAACGGCGGCCGUCCAGUUGGUCACUCAGGCGGGGGCCACAGCUAUCGUGACUGCCGGGAGCCAGAAGAAAAUCGACUUUGCCAAGUCUCUGGGUGCCAAGCAUGGCUUCAACUACAAGGAGGGCAGCUUCAAGGACAAAGUCUUGCAGGCGACCGAUGGUAAGGGUGUGGAUCUGAUUUUGGACUGUGUUUUUGGAUCCAUGUAUGAUGAUGACGCUCAGCUGAUCAAACUAGAUGGCAGAUGGGUUGUCUAUGGAUUUUUAGGAGGAUCGCAGAAAGAAGCAAACUUCAAUAUGCUGUUGAGGAAACGUGUUCAGCUACUUUUCUCUAAUCUCCGGUUUCGAUCAGUUGAGUACAAGAAACAACUAGUCCAGGAGUUUUCCAACCUGUCUACCCCGUUGUUUGAGAGUGGAGCCUUCAAGCCUAUUGUGGACACCGUGCUUCCAUUGUCGGAGAUCUCACAGGCUCACAAGUUGAUGGAAAGCAAUACAAAUAUGGGGAAAAUUGUUCUCAAAGUCAGCGAUGAAACUUCUGCUGGGAAGGACGAGUUGUAAAGAUGCGUUGUGUACUUUGUUAUCACUGUUACUCCAGACUGAACCCUGAAAUAUAUAAAUAAGGGUUCCCCAAGUUAUAUAUAUAUAUUUAAUAAAUAUAUUAUACAACAGAUACGUUCCAUGGUACAUGUAUAACUGAACUCUCAUGUUCCUUCCUUGUUGAUGUAUGGAUGCUUUUCAUCGGUGAUCUCAACCUUGUCAUGGUAUAGGCCUACUUUGUUUUCAUGUGAGGCUAAGUGUAAGAGUUGUGCAGCAGGUCUUGAUGUUAUGUUUGACUGGGAAUAGUCCUCCCAUUUAGAUAAUGUCCUGUGUUCUUCGCUUGUUUCUAGCUGUGAUUUCGGAGUCCUGGAAUGGUAGAAUGUUUGUCCUGGUUUUAUGUUCAGAGGAUUUGCUUUCUGACCACUUCGGAGCAUUGAUAAUACAGGGUUCCCAUUGGGGGAUGCGGUCGGGACGGGGCGACUUGCUAGCCAGAUUGAGGGCGCAAAGCGGCUAUUGUGGCACAUGCCGAUUGCGCCCAACUCGCCGACUCAAAAACAGACACGAUUGUUUUCAAGUGACGAGUGGGACGAUCGCCCCCGAUCCCAUCCGCAAUGGGCUCCCCGUAUUAAGGUUAACUUCUAUACAUAGUGUGCCUGCUGACUUCCACUUUUUUUUUGUUGAGAGAUGCUGAUGCAGCAGGAGAACUGGAUUCAUUACGCAUCAGAUCUGGACUUUGUGGUCAGUUUCUGUGCAUCAGACAAUGUGAUUUGUUACUUUGCAGGACCAACUGAUAUUGAUGAGUAUUAGUAUCAGUGUAAUGAAUGGAAGUGCAGCCUACUUGGUUCAUGGAAGUGCUUGGUUUUUUGUUUAUAAUUGUUUAUUUGUAAGUUGAAAUUUGUUAUUGAUAGAACACUUCUGCUCAAUACGUCAAUUCACCCUUCCCCCCUUUUUGGGGGGGGUUUAUUUUCUUUCAUUUGUUUUUGUAGCUCUGAAACGAACUGUCACUUAUCUCUCAACAUGUGCCUAUGAAAUAAGUGUAAUAUUGUUGAAAAUAAAGAUAUCAAGAAGUUCCA